AUGGAUAUGGGUCCAAGGAAAAAAUCGUUUAAAUUUCAUAUCAAAUCAGCCAGCACAUCAAAUAUGUUCGCAAGUCCACAGUCAACAAAUACUCCUGCCACUGGAAGGUCUAUUGCAUAAUUUGUUCCUAUUCCCCUUCUCUCCUUUCAAAGAUGUGAGAUGAAGAAGUACAUCUUAAAUGAAGAGAGAGAAUACCUCAAAAGAAAACAGAUCAUAGAAUCAGGCUAUUUGACUUAGAGAGGAAUGGCAAAGUACUUAAAGCCAAAUCGAUUGAAAUGGCAAAAAAAUGACUUAAAAAUUCAUGAUACCAUUUUAUAAACUAAAUUAAACAUAGCAGAUAUUAUUUUAAAUGCCAAAGGAGGAUAAUCUCGCAGGGAACUGUUAAUUGAAAAAAUACAGAAUUAGAUUGAAAGCCCUAAAUAAAUUAUAAGUUAAAGAAAUAUUAAAAGUGAGCAUACCGUUUAAUUUAUGGAUAGAUUAAAAUUUCAAUCACUGCCCUAGAAGCUUAAAGGAGAAUCUCAAUCUCCUUCAAAAUCAAUAUAAUCUCAAAAAUUUAUCUUCAAUUCUUCAACAACCUAUUAAACAGAAUGA